AUGCAGCCUUACAUGCUCGUCAACUGCCUGCUCGCAGCCUACUUCAUUCUGCUAGCAUUCCAGAUAGAGCAUGCCAGAACACAAUGCGCCCUUUUGAGAGUCCUAGCAGGCGGCGGCUUCGAGCUGACGUCUUUCGGCGACGACCUCGCUCCUCCGUACGCCAUCCUCUCGCACGCCUGGACGGACGGUCAAGAAGUUACAUACAAUGAGCUGUUAGCAGGAAUAGGCGCAAACAAGCGCGGCUAUGCUAAAAUCUGCUUCUGCGGCGAGCGAGCUGCUGCAGACGGCCUCGAUUACUUCUAG